UAUGAUAUAUCCACAGUGUGAUUAACCCUUCACAGAACCUCCAUUGCAACUUUCUGCUUGAGAUUUUUUUUAAUUAAUUAUUUUUUGACGAAAAUGGCGAAAAAUCACGAAACAGAGCAUCCAGUUGGGGCAUUCGGAUGGGCUGCCAGAGAUACUUCCGGCGUCCUUUCUCCGUUCAACUUUUCUAGAAGGGCUACCGGAGAGUAUGAUGUGCAGUUCAAAGUAUUGUACUGUGGUGUUUGUCAUUCAGAUCUCCACAUGGCGAAGAAUGAGUGGGGUGUCACUCUCUAUCCUGUUGUGCCUGGGCAUGAAAUCGUGGGGGUGGUAACUGAGGUAGGCAGCAAGGUCAACAAAGUCAAACCAGGUGACAAUGUAGGAGUAGGAGUCUUGGUCGGAUCAUGCCGCGAGUGCGACCAAUGCACUAACGAUCUCGAAAACUAUUGCGCCAAACAAAUACUCACGUACGGGGCUCAGUAUACCGACGGUUCGAUAACCUACGGAGGCUACUCCGACAUAAUGGUUGCUCACGAGCACUUCAUUAUCCGUUGGCCCGAAAAUUUCCCACUAGAUAUAGGUGCCCCACUUCUGUGUGCCGGCAUAACGACUUAUAGCCCGUUGAAGUAUUUCGGGCUCGAUAAGCCUGGUAUGAGUGUAGGUGUUGUUGGGCUUGGCGGGCUUGGCCAUGUGGCGGUGAAGUUUGCAAAGGCUUUUGGGACUAAGGUGACGGUGAUUAGUACUUCAAUUGGGAAGAAGAAGGAGGCGAUUGAGCUUCUUGGUGCCGAUGAGUUUUUGGUUAGCCGUGAUCCCGAGCAAAUGCAGGCGGCAAUAGGCACGUUGGAUGGUAUAAUUGACACAGUGUCGGCAACUCAUCCUCUUCCGCCACUGCUAGCUUUGUUAAAGCCUCACGGGAAGCUUAUUGUCGUCGGUGCUCCUGAAAAGCUACUCGAGCUUCCUGCUUUUUCCAUGAUUGCCGGGAGGAAAACGAUAGCGGGGAGCGGAAUCGGAGGAUUGAAGGAGACACAAGAGAUGAUUGAUUUUGCAGCAAAGAAUAACAUUCUGCCUGAGGUGGAGGUGAUCCCCAUUGACUAUGUCAACACCGCAAUGGAACGUCUCUUGAAAUCCGAUGUCAAGUACCGCUUCGUAAUCGACGUUGCUAAAUCAAUGAAAUCCGAGUGAGAUAUUUUAAAUCAUUUUUUGGGGGCUUUGUUUAGUUGUCUUUGUUGGAUUUUAAGUGUUUUUUUCUUGAAAUUAUCGGCCGCCUUUUUUUCGUACUUGCAUAUUUUACUAGUUCAAACUAAAACUUGUUGCUAUAAUUUGUGCCAAAUUUCGUCGUACAAUUAAUUUUUAUUAUUAUUAUUAUUAUCGUAAUGAUAAUAAAAAAUUAUUAUCAUGAAGUGUUAUUGAAAUUAUUCUUGUUGCUAUUAUUGGUUCCAAAUUUCAUGACAUUAAUUGUUGUUAUUUUUAUGAUUAUUCAAUCUGUG